AGCUGUUUACUUGUGCGACAGACGUUGCCAGUACUAGAGCUUCCUCUCUCUCAGUAAUAACGUUUGUCUUGUCGUGACAGUAUAGUUCGUGAAUUUGUUGUGUUUUCUGUGUGUUAGGGUGAAGGAUUGUGUUUCAUUUGUGUUUAUGUAUAGUUUCUGUUCAUCUAAGAUGGUUUACGGGAUAUGCGGGUAUAUGUGUUUGUAUUUGGUUCACGCUCGCACCUUGGGAGGAUUGCUUUUGCAGAAAGUUUGAGUAACUUCUGAUGGCUCCGAGGUGACGGGGAUGUAUUGGGGCCUCUCGCUCUGGCUGGUGCUAUUUCUCCUGGCGACGACGCUUGCCGACAGCAGCAAGGUGGCGUGGGGGGAUUGGCUGAUUGUCGACGAGAACGACCCUGGGGCUGGCACCAGCAUCCUUCUACGCAGGAUCACUCCCAAGUCCGUCUUCGUCGCACCUACAUUCAACGGCUGUUCCGAAGGUUACAAGCAGGACGCUUUGGGCCGCUGUGUUAAACUGGUCCAGGUGACCAAACAAGCACAGUGGAACUUCUUUCUUGAGAGACUUAACUCCAUGUACGCUCCGUCAUCUACGAGUAAGAAUCCCCAGAAAGAGGCUGGACCCUUCCACAUCAGCUUACCUAUCGGCAGUCAGGGCUCCCAGGAAGAAAUAAUCAUAAAAAAGCGAGUACCACCAAAGAUUGUAGAGACAAAAACUAUCAGGCCACCACCGUUGUCGACAACUCUGCCACCGACUACUAUGACGACAAUGACCGAAGUCACACUUCCGACGUUUGCAGAGACUCCGGAGGUGACAAGUACUGAGAAUUUCUCUACAACAGAUAAUACAGCAGAAGGAAAAUUAUCAACUGAAAGUAUAUUUGACCCUGAUGUAAUGCUGGGCGACCAACCGGUUAGCACAGAGGACACUUCAGGUACUGAAAUCCUUGAAACACCAAAGAACCAGAAAGAAAAUCUGACACUACCAUUUGUGAUCAUAGUUACCAAUGAGCCUACAACAAGGCCCGAAGAGACAACCGUCCCUUCGACAUCAGUGACACCACUGACAACAGAGAGGGAGGAUACUAUUGCAGAAAUCGCUUCAACGACAGAAGGAACGACCGAAACUUCGAGCUUCACCACUGAGGCGACAACAUUGAGAACAACGAAAUACGAAGAAGGUUUUAGUGAAACAAGAGACGUUUACGAGAGUUCCCUAAGACCCACUGUAAUUUCUAGGUUGUCAACCACAGUUAGACCUAAAUGCACAGAGAGUUCAAAAUUAAGAGACGAUUUAAUCGAUUUUAGUGAUUGUGAGCCAGAAACUUCCACCAUCUCUGAUGAAAAGGAGGUUACGGAUUCCACUCUUCCCACCAGUUUACCUCUCCUAGAACCCAAUACCCAUGUGAGAUUUCCCUCUGAGUCUUACGUUCCUGUGCGCAAAAUUCAAUCCUAUGUGAGGUUCCCGGAUGUUCCUCGUCCUCAAGAAGACAGACCAAGGAUCUGGUGGCCAUCCUGGCAGGUCCAGCGAUAUCCAGGGAUUCAAGGAUGGCCUUCAUCUGAGGAUCGGUCUCCGGAACAUCGAAAACCUGAGGAACAGAGACCCUACCCUCCCUACAGCCAAGGGGUGACCUCUUGGGCAGACUCUACAUCCUGGCGAAGGAGAUUUCUCCAAAGAGACUGAAGUAUUACGUAACCAUAGUAUUUAAUGUAUAUAACUUAGUCUAGAAUAUAUUAGUAAGGAUCAAACAAACUUUUUUUAUUUUCGCUUAUGGAAUAAUAGCUUUAACAGUAUAAAAUUUAAAAUUUUAAGAUUUUAGAAAUCGCUAAAGCAUUUUGCAUCUAUUGAAUUUACAUAAAAUGAAAUAACAUUAAAUUAAAACCAUAUCAGAUAAAUAUAUUUCUCUUGCAUGUACUCUUCUGAUAGGAAACAGUAGUUUGCAAGUAAAAAUAUAAAACCAAUUCAAUUACAAACUUGUAUUGAAUAAGUUAAAAAUAAUAUUUAUUAAUCAGAGUUCUAAAAUGAAUAUACUCGUAUUAGCUAGCUAUAGUUAUAUUCUAGAGGAAUAAUUGGAUUAAAAUCUUAAAAUAGUUAUGUAGAAGAGAUUUAACAAAAGUAAAAUAAAUAUAAAAUCAGUAAAAAUAAAUAUGUCAAAAAUGAGUAUUUUCUAUUUACAAUGUGUAUAUUUAAUUCAAUAAUAAUACUAUUUCUUUGUUGUCGAUCAGGAUUUUAGUACCUGAGAGUUUAUAUACUUUGUGUUAGGGUACUUUUGUUGUUGUCUUGUUGAACUAUCUUGUUUGCUGUUGUAGUUAUUAUUAUAGUUUACUGUUGUUGUAUUUAGAUGUUUUAGGGGGUUGAAUGCAUUUUUCUCUAUUUUUGGCACAAUCUUCUUAAGCUAUUUUUUUGUAUUCACUCUAUUAUUGUUUUUAAUUAAUUCCAUGGAACAUUAACAUCUCCUUUUAAUCACAUUAUUUAGACAUUGAAAUAAAUAUCUUAACAUUUAUUCUCAAAGUUAUAGAGCAUUUUCAUUUUUUUAUAUAUGUAAAUGUAUAUUUAAAAAUGAAAUCUUUAGGAGUCUAAUUUUUUUUUUAACUAUUCACUUUUCUGAUUUAAUGGAAAAGCACAGACUUAGUUGGCUAUGUGACCAUAAAACAUUUAUAAUAGUACACUCUCAUGUAGCACAUUUCUCAGAUAUAAAUUUGAGGAAGAAUACAUUCAUAAUUAUAUAAAAAUAUUUUAUGUUAUCUAAAUAGUAUUUCAUAUCUAAUAGUAGAUUUCGUGGUACAUGUUAGAGAGUUUACAAAAUAUGCUUCUUGUAUUAUAACACAAUUAUUAAAAAUUUAAAAAUUUGUUUCAUUCAGUUUUAUUAUAUAUGUUUCCUUAUUAUCAAUAAUCUUAUCUUGUAUUAUACAAUUUUCAUAGUAAAAAUAGUACUUAGAUAUAUGUAUAAAUUACCUUAUUUUAUUUUAUUUCAAAAAUGGCCUUGUCGUACAAAAUUUCUCUAACACAGCAAUAUCAUAUUAAUUUUUUUUCUGUAGUGACAUUUUGAGAAUAUAGAACAGUUUUUUAUAUAUGAGUUUAUUUUUUCGAGUUUUAAUAGCUUUUGAAAAAUCUUAUGUGAUGUUUUGCCUCUUUGCAUUCAACUUUCUUUGACUUGCCACUGGCUGGCUAUAAUUCUAUCAUAUACAAAUAUUACUGUAUUAAUUGUACUGUCUAUGAUGUAUAAUUUAACCUGUUAUAUUUAUUUCAUUGUUUAAUAAAUAUAUUUUCAACCCUUAAUCUAUGUUAUAUUAAACAACACUUAAUAUUGAAUAUGUUAAUAUCACCCUGGUCAAUAGCUUUAUACCUCUUUUACAGUAAAUAACAAACUAAACUUACAAAAAUGUUAAUUUUGUGGUGCUAUUCAUUUUUAUAUCAAAUUUUAAAUGUAAUACAAUAAUUUUAAUUCAUAAAACGACAAAAUAUUAUGUAUUUUUAUAGUAUUUGUUAAUAAUAAUUUUACUUUUAUAAUAACCAGUAGGUCUGUAUUUUAAAAAUAACUUAUUUUUAUUUAGAUUUUUUGCUGAUUUAUUUAGCAAUUCACGGUACCUCAACUGCAUAGAUAAAUGGGAUUAUUGUAAAUUGUGUAAAGUUUCUCUCGUAAUACAUGUACGUAAAACUAAAGUGUAUAAAUAAAGUAAAAUUGUAAUUUUGAUCUUGCAUGUAAGUGUUGUUAUCCAUUGUGAUGUUUAUAAUACAGCUGGAAAUUGCAUGAAA